GUUUUUAGAACGAUGUGCCUUUUUGGAUUUUUGUGAUCGUAAUUAAUUGACGUUUAAAGCAGUAGGUAGAAAUACAGAAUACAGAACAUGUUGAUCCUGCUACUGAUAAGCUUGACAGGUUGGGGUAUUUCAAGUGGGUCUCAUUUUAGAGGCGCAAUCUUCUCAUGGAGACCCGGGCCAGGCCAGGACACUAUCACGAUUGACUAUCGUAUAUCCUGGCGACGCUCCUAUAAUCAAGGACUUUUUUGCGACCAAACGACAAUUAAUAGUCAGAAAAAGAUAAACGGAGAAGGGAAUUUAGAAUGUAAAGAAAACUGCAACUAUAAUUCCAUGAACUUCCCCCUUUCGUUCAAAUGCACCGAUUUUAGUAUUUCUGAGGACUGGACAUCGGGAAUUGGCACGAUCGUAAAAAGGUUUUUUCCUUUGCCACACGGAGACUUUGUUUUUGGAUUUACAGGCUCUGCGUGGAUUAAUACAUUGUCACUAGCAAGUGGUGGUGACUGGUCACUUCUUGUGACUGCAAACCUCCAGCCAAGGGCUGACACAAGAAAAAUCAACAAUUCACCUAAAGCAAACAUAUCACCAAUUGUCCGGCUACAGAGGGGAUGCAACCAUACGAUAACCAUUCCAGUGUCCGACGUAGAUGGUGAUAUUGUGAAAUGCAGACGAGCAUUAGGAUCACGGAGGAAUACUGGACAUAACGAAUGUGCAUCCAUCUGCAGUGCAAUAUCUAAUUUGUGGCUAGAUAAUAACAACUGCGUUUUGUCAUACAUGGCAACGACGAGCGGUUGGUAUGCCGUGGCUCUACAAGUUGAAGACUUUGCGAAUGCGAACGCCAGUUCACCUUUAAGUAGCAUCCCCGUCCAGUUUCUUAUCAACGUAUACGACUCACAAAGCAACUCGUGCCAUAAACCAGUCCAGUUAGUUUCACCAACCUUCCCUGAUAGGUCUUGCCUUGCAGUGGAACAUGGACAGACAUUGUAUAUGGAUGUUGUAGCAAGAGUAGAUAAUGCGACACGAAGAAUAGAGGAAGUUGAAACUAUAUCACCUCUUGGUUUGUCGAAAGAAGGCCUGAAGAAUAUUUCAAGUGUUGAUUGGAAAAUCAACAUGUCCUGGACGCCUCCGCUGAAUGCCCCAGCCAUUAAUUCCUUUACUUUCUCGGCAAAAGAUAACUUUGGGUAUGAGAGCGAACGGAGGACGUACACACUUCUAGCUGGAGUAUCCUCGCCAACAUUCAAAGACGGAACACAGACGCCGAGAGGGACGGUUUUGCCCUCUAACCGAAUAUGGGAAAUAGGUGUUCAGAACGAGUUCGAGAUCACACCGUACCAUCGCUAUAUUACCUUGCAUUUUCAAAAUGGAACUCUGGUGGAGAAAGUUUCUUCAGAUGGUGUUACGAAAAAGGAAGGAAAUUUAAUCACAUUUCGAACAAUGUCAUCUUUAAUCGAGAAAGAACACUAUUACUUCUCAUUUGAUCUAGGUAUUGUUCGCGGAACACAGUACUGCAAAGCCGAAUCCAUUCCAGUAACAAACGCCACUUUCUGGGCAUUUAGAAUUAAGGAUAUAACGCCUCCGGUUAUAACAUUUACAUCCCCACCGAGAUUAACCAAUGCAACUACUGAAAUAGCAUGGAUGUCCAAUGAAAACGCUUCAUACGAAUGCACAUUAUUUGCUGGAAGUCAUGUUGUAUAUAGAGAACAUAAAUGCGACACUCCAUUGAUAGAACCUGAGUUGCAUGAAGGCAUUCAUACACUUAGAAUCUACGCAACCGACCUUGAAAACAAUACUGCGACUGUUUCUCAUUCAUGGACAGUAGACGCAACACCCCCUGUGAUAACAUUUAAACAAACACCCCGACAUACAAGUAGUGCCCAAACAGUUUAUUUUAAAUGGACUUGCAAUGAAAGAUGCAGUUCCGAAUGCUACAUAUCCGAUGAAACAAGGACUGAAAAUGUGACAUGUGCUGUUAAUAGCUUGAACUGGAGAAUUCCAAAUACUUCUUCAAACAGGUCGUACACAUUUAAUGUCAUUGCAACCGAUGACGUUGGAAAUAAGGACAACCGCUCUUUCAUUUGGUUAACAGAUUUCGAUACACCAAAAAUACAGCUGUGUGCAAAAGGUCAGCAUUUGACCAUCAACUGCUCAACAGACAAAAGACCAGAAAAUAUUUGUAAUGUGACGGCCAUUGACGAUAUUGACAAAUCCCCAAGUCUACAUUUCACAGAUUCACUAGAAGGAAAUUCAUGCACGUUUAAACGGGCAUGGAUUGCUAUGGAUGCUGCUGGAAAUAGCGCUAACGUCACUCAGAGCAUUUCAAUAACAACCCAAGAGCAUAUCAAAGUGCUAAGAUACCCCAGGUCAAUGUAUGUUGCGUGUGGGGCAGUGGCAAAGCUUACGCAAGUACUGUCCUCUAUGUUUGUCAUUGAACAUCCUUGCAAUUUAACUGUUUCUACAACAUAUGCGGAUAAUUCCUCUGACGUAUGUGAUUCUGUCAUAAACCGAACAUGGACACUAACAGAUGAAUGCAACAAUGUAAUAAUUUUGUCUCAACUGUUGUAUAUUCGCCAAGCAAAGAAACCAAUUAAUCCUUUCGAUGGGUACAUCGGAACAAAUUUAGACACAGAGCUUCGUUGGCAGGGUUCUUCAAGCGCGGUCAGCUAUGAAGUGUACAUAUGGAAGCGAAAAGCCAGCAAACCGGACAUUCCUUUCCAAACAACAUCCCUGACUUACACUCAUGUCCAUUCACUUGAACCAAACUCCGUCUAUACUUGGUUCGUCAUAUUUAGAUACAAAAACAACGAUACCUACAUCAGCCCAAUUUGGCAGUUUCGAACAAAAUCAUUUAUCGAACUAGGAGUUGUGGAAAUAACAGUCCCUCCAACAUGUUAUACAGAUGAAUGGUGUUCUGUUGACUGGAAAGUACAAAAUACCGGGAAAAGCACUUCAUAUGCUUCGUGGUACGACGCUGUAUAUAUAUCUUGGGACAGUAAUUUCAAAGACAGCAAACUUGUUGCGUCUGUGCGUCAAUGGAAUAUCCUCUAUAAGGGUGACUUUUACGAGGCAAACACCCAGUUUCUGUUAGACAAAACUACUACCGGACCGAUGUAUAUUUUCAUUUACACAAAUUAUCGCAGAUCAUUUGAAGAAUAUGCGUGGGAUGAUAACUUGAAGAGAAGUUCUACGCACAUUAAUGUGGAACUGACUCCUCCCCCGGAUUUGCAAGUGACGGAUAUUUCAACAUCUGAUACAUAUGUGUUUUCAGGCCAACGCAUCUUCUUAUCAUGGACGGUUGAAAAUAGAGGGACAGGGUCAACGAAAGAGCAUUACUGGUUAGACAGGAUUUACUGGAAAUUGAAUGCGACGAAAGGAAACAAUGAGCAUACGUUUGUUGAAAUCUGGCACUCGGGUGUACUUCAGGUCGGCCAAAAAUAUUCGGUCAAUACUUCUCUACUUAUACCGGAAUUUACGUUUGGUAGCUUUUUGAUGUUCGUGGAAACUAAUUACGGAAACAGAGUUUUUGAAUAUGCAGGAGGCAGCAACAACUUUAAAAUGCUACAGACACCAAUUGAAGUUAUACUAUCACCGACACCCGAUUUAGUGGUUAGUAACAUAUCCGUAUUUAAGCAGUCCUUCACAACAGGGGAGACUAUAUACGUUGAUUGGGCAGUAGCCAACAGAGGACAUACCACACCACAUUCUCAGACCUACUGGGAGGACAGAUUGGAUCUGAUUUCUACAGUUUCGUCAAACUUAAUAUAUUCUAAAGUAUCACCACAUUAUGGAACUCUUAUCGAAAAUGGUGUUUAUUCCUUAAGACAGUUUUUCUACGUUCCCCCGAACUUGAGAACAGGUCGAUACACAAUCAGUGCGGAAACAGAUGUUCGAAAUAACGUAUUUGAGUACACCAGAAACGAUAACAAUAAAAAAUCGUUGGAUAUAACGAUCACAAGAGCAGUUCCUGAUUUAUCAAUAAGGAAAUUUACAACCGGAGUCCACAGAACGAAAACAUCAACUUCAAUUAAUGUAACUUGGGAGGUCACAAAUAUAGGACACGGUCAAACACUCUCAACAAAAUGGGUUGAUUGUCUUUAUUACAAAUCAUUACACGACUGGAGUUAUUCCCUGUUGUUACAAAGUGAGAUCUACAUUGACGAUAACCUUGCACAUGGUCAUGUCUACACUAGACACAUAGCAGAACAAAUGCCUGAAAAUGUCCACGGGCAAAUCAGAUUUGCAGUUUCAGUGGAUUGCAGUGGAAACGUUGGAGAUCAUGAUCGGGACAACAAUGAAGCUUCGUCCGGUAUAAUUGACGUACCACUUAUUGCGGCCGAUCUUCAAAUAAGUCUGGUAGAGAUAGAGGGAUAUUAUGAAGGCGGUGGAAACAUUCACGUCCAAUACACUGUUUCUAAUAUCGGUAAUAUUGAUAUUACUAAUAAAACUUGGAGUGAUAGAAUUCUCAUCGGAGAAAUUGGUUUAUUUGGACUUUUCUUUCACAAGUUUGAAAGAGUUCUCUCGAAAGACAAUGUCCUUCGCCAAGGCUCGUCUUACUCUCGUGAUAUUGAAAUUUCAAUCCCCAUCUACUGGAAAGGUUCUUAUGAAAUUCGAGUUGAGACAAAUGUUUACGGUGACAUUUAUGAGGGAGGCUUGACUCUGAACAAUCGCCGAGAAAAUCAGAUAAAUAUAGAAGACACUAUAAGUGUCGAUCUUGGUGUAACAUCUGUAACAGUUGAUCUGCUUGAUAGAAAUGAAGGUAUACAAAUGAUUGCUGUUAAUUGGUCGGUGGGGAAUUUUGGAAACUCUAUGCAAGGAUCGGCUCAAUGGUAUGACAAGAUAUUAAUCCAGAGUGAAGUCAAGUAUGAUGUUGCAACAUUUUUGAUCAAAUCGGUUUUGGAAUCAGGAGCGUCAUACGAACAAAGAAGAGUUUUAAAUGUCCCAAUAGAUACACAGGGUUAUAUAACUGUUUGUGUUGAAGUUAACUCAGCCAAAACUGUUUAUGAGGGAAACGACAAAGAAACCAAUACAAUGUGUUCCAAAGAUACCAUGAUUGUUGGUUUAACAGACGCAAGUCUGAACGUGUCAAAUGUCAGUGUAAUACCAUCAACCAAUUACGAAGAUAAGAUAACUCUUUCAUAUAAAGUAACUAAUACAGGACAAAUGACAACCAAAUUUGCGUCUUGGUCUGAUGCAGUAUUUGUUACGAUACAGCAGGCAAAUACGAGUAAAGUAUUGCAGACCGGAACAAAGAUAAAAGAAAUUAUUCAUGUUGGAAAGUUACAAGCUAACGAAUCAUACACAUCUGUCGCAGAAUGUAGAAUUCCAAGAGAAUUCUCUGGAUCUCCAUUCUUUUAUAUAUUUCCAAACUACACAUACAUAAGCAUAGACAGUACCGAUGAACUAUUACAUGGGCAAUCUAUUGAAUUUACAUUAGGCAAUGGAAUAUAUUUGAUGGGAGAACUUUCAAACCUCAAAAUAAAUGGAAUAGGUAAUGUAAGUGAAGCUUCUAGUGGACAGCCACUUUCAAUUGCCUACAACAUAAGUAACACCGGGAAUGUAUCGGUUCUUCUGCCGUGGUUCGAUAGUGCAUACCUCAGUGACGACUACCUAAUAGAUUCAUUUGAUACAAAACUUCGUUCAGUAAAACGAUAUGGAGUUAUUCAACCCAAUACCGAAGAAUCUUUCAAUAUCACAUUUAUGCUUCCAUUCGAUAUGGAAACAAAGAGCUAUGUGUUAGGCAUAGUUCUAGAUUCAAGAGAUGACAUUAUCGAGACAAACGAAACCGAUAAUACUCUGUUAAUACCAUUUCACCUGAUUGGACUUCAAACUGCGGACAUAUAUGUAAGCAAUAUCUCUGUUCCUGAGAAGGUAAACUACGGAUCUGAAAUGGUUGUUUCCUGGUACAUAGGCAACAACGGAACGGAGUCAUGUACAGGCUACAAAUGUGACUCUGUUUACUUCUCCGAAAAUCAGUUGAUGAGUAUUGACGAUGUACAAUUUGCAAAUGCAGAUUGUUCAAGGUUUUCUUUAGGACCAAACCAAACAGAAGAACGGAAAUACUCAGUUAAAGCGAUUCCAUCGGCGUUGCCAGCAGAUGAAUUCUUUUCAAUCGUUAGAUCAAGGUCAAACGUAGUGGACAUCAAUCAACAUAACAAUAUUCUUGUCUCAAGUUACACUACAGAAAUGCAAUAUGAAAGUAUUGCCGUUGGAAAAAGAAUGGACAUGACAUUAAUACCUCACUCGUCUGUUACACUGAGAAUUGGUAAUUUGACGAAAGAUGAAACAUUAAUUUUCAAUAUUCAAUCUGGUGAUUCAAAUUACGUUGAAAUUUAUCUGAAAGCUGAAAAUCCUCCGACGUUGUUUAGCUUUGAUCAAAUGUCAAACAACUUUAACAGCAAAUAUCAAAACCUGAUAUAUUCCGAUAUAUACACGUCUGAUGCGUAUGUACUUAUACGAAAUGUAGGUCAUGUUAACGAAACUAUUGAUUUUGCUACGAAAUACGCAACAUUUGAAAUAUUAGCCGUGACACCUAAUGUUAUUAUACCCAAAACUACCACAACAGUUUUAAUUACUGGAGCUCUCAUGCCGUUCGAUUUGAGGGCCUAUUUGAUAAGCAACGACAGUAAGACAAUUGCCGCAGACAAAACAUUUACAUUUUCGCCGACGGAGGCUUACGCGACAUUCAAUAGUUCAGCCCUAAUAGGGAGUUCGACAUUUUCUCUUAUUGUCGAAUCAAAUUCCCUGAAUAAAACAGUUGAAUUCGAGGCAAACAUAACUAUGCAAUCCUUGGCAUUUGGCUAUUUAGGAUUUGAACUUGAUAUGGACUCAAGAUUACGAAGAGAUACGAACGGACAUCUAUCACUGAAGUAUCAAAACUUGGGUGAUUCGGAUCUUAUUGUACCAGUUAUCAAAGUUGAAAUCACUGGUAAAGGGAAUAUGCGCAUCAAAAACGACAUAAAGUAUGAAUCAUACAAAAAAGAGUUUUUUUUGUUUUGUUCGAGUCAGCAUGGGCCGGCUGGAAUUCUUAGACCCAAGCAGUCUGGGUCGAUAGUGUUUGAAACAACCCAAGAUGAUUCCGACAAACUAGGCAGAAUGAAAAUCAAAAUAUUUCAAAUCAAACCUGAUGUCAACAUUCGAAAUCCGUUUUUGGAUAUGAAAAACAGCCUGAAGCCAUCAGGCUACGACCAACCCGCAUGGGAAAAAAUCUGGCAAAAUUUUGAGAACAUGAUAGGAAACAAUACUUUUUCUAUGUCUCAAAAAUUCAGUGCUGUCUUAAACGAAAUGAGCUUAGCAGGACGUUACGUUUAUUCCGUUGAUGACGUUAUAUUAUAUCUGCUGGAUUUCGCAAAUUCCCCCAAGGUUGGCGCCGUAUUGGAUUUUAGCAACGAUAUCGGAAUAGAAACAGACACUGCGAUACAGCUCACAGUAAACAGAUUAUUGACAGGAAGAAUAGGAAAUAGAAAUCAACCCGGACCAGCGGGAAAAGGUUGGAUCCUGCCAUUGUGGGAUUCAAAAAUCAAAAAUGUCUCUUCAUCCAAAAUACUCUUAUCAAUUGAGAAGGAAGAUUUUGCCUUUUUCAAGGGAGAUGACGAUGUAUUUAUCAAUGGAAAUUUAGGAAAAAUUCGAAAAAGCGAAACAGGUUCUUGGUUCGUUCUAACAAAGUCAAAAGACAGCAAAGAACUGGUAUUUGAUGCGCAAAAGCUCUGCCUUAAAUCGAUCAACUCCCUGAUUGAUGGUAGUUGGCUACGUUUUGAGUAUGAAGACGAUGUUUUGAAAAGGCUGAUUCAUUCAACUGGAAGUUCUUUAAAUAUAAGAUAUAACUCAAGAAAUUACAUUCAGACGAUACAACUUUUGAAUAGCAACAACCAACAAGGUUCCCGUGUAGAUUAUUUUUACAACUUUAAUACAAACAUGCUUUCACAAAUGAGAUCUGGAGGAAACGUUGUGAGAUACUAUUACAAUAACAACGACAACUCAUUACGGAUGGUCAUUAAAACAAAGACCUCAUCACGAGAACAGUUCGGAUACAAUGCAAAUGGGCAUUUAAUUUCAAGGAAAUUGAUUGAAGGAGGACGCUUAAUUAUGGACGAUGAAUACACGUUUACCAAGGGUGGCAUGACUGUCAUUGAUGACAAAACAAUUUCAGCUUCAACUAAUGUCAUAUAUUCUGAGUCAAAUGAUGUAAUAAGUGUUCAAAAAGAAAAUGGCGUGCCUGUCAAAACAAUCCGAACAAAAGUAUCCGAGUCUAUUUACGAAGGAGAAAAGUUGGUAUCUUACCGUGCAUUUGACGGCAACACGGUUCUCAUAACAGACGGUAAUGGGGACACUAUAAAAACCAAGUUUAACGAUUUUGGACAAAUGAUUCAAUUUGCAGAUGGAAAGAGAAAUGUUUACGAAAUAAUAUUAAAUGAUAACCAAACUAUUAAAGAGGUAUUGUAUCCCGAUGGUACCAACAAGACAUAUACCUACUUUGAAAAUGGACAUUAUACAAAAAUGCCCUCUGGAAACUUGAAAAGGUACGAGUUUAAUAGCAAACACCUCCUAGCUAAAAAGGAUAUAGGAUCGGAUACGAUAACAAUGUACGAAUAUACAGAGGACGGCAAAUUGAAUUAUGCGGCUAAUGAACUAGGAGAAACAUUAAUUGAGUACGACGGAAAUCUACCAAAAGCUAUUAAGACACCCGAAACGAAAAUUAGUUACGAAUACAACAGGCUUAAUCAGUUGACACGUAUAUCAACAGACCAGGGAUAUGAUACUCAAUAUCAGUAUGAUGGGCAUGGACGAAUUACUGAAGUUUCUAAGGGAAGAACAACAUUGGUCAAAACUACUUAUAAUGAAGCAGGACUUGUUACAAGGAAAGAAUAUGGAAACAGAGCCUACAGUGUUUUUGUUUACAAAAGGGGUUCGCGGUUGCUUUUGUCACUAAUGAAUUUUUACCCAAAUACAACAAUUGCCUCUUUCUUUAAUUACACAUACGAGCGAAGCAAAAUGAGAAUACAGAUGACGACAAUGGAAGGGAGCUGGAGAUUUAAGUACGAUCGAGCUGGACAGUUGACAUUAAUGAUUGAUCCGAUGGGAAAUGAAACGUUGUUUAACUAUGAUAAUGCGAAAAACAGAAGAUCUAUCAAUCGAAAUGGAAUUGAGGAAGUAUACAAUGUUAAUGAAAUGAACCAAUAUAAACAAUUCGGGAAGGUAUCCUUUACGUAUGACAGAAACGGGAAUCUUAAAACAAGACAAUCCGGUAAGAACGAAACAUUUGGUUAUGACGAAGACAAUAAACUGAUCUCUUACUCUUCUCGUGGAAUGUCAUGCAAGUUUAAAUACGACGCUUUCGGAAACUUAGCCUCAAAGCUUUGCGAUGGAAGACAAUCAAAAUAUAUUACAAGUCCCUUAGGUUUCUUCGAUCGACACAUAUUAGAGCAGAUCUCAAGCAGCGGAGAACGAACACGAUACUUUUACGGGGGACGAGAUGUAGGAUUAGUAGCGGCUGAUACGAACGGAGAAAAUCUGCAAUACUUCUUUUAUGACCCCUUAGGAACUGUCGUCAAUAUUCUUAGCGAGAACGGUGAAUUACUGUCGUCAUAUAACCACGACCCGUUUGGAAAUGAUAUGUCUUUGGCUGGUUCGAAAAACCCGAUCUUCACUUUUAUUGGACAAUGGGGUGUUGUUGAAAUACAAGAAAUACAAGGAGUAUUUUAUAUGCAAAGCAGAAUGUACGAUUCUUCUACCGGUCGAUUUCUAAGUCCUGAUGGGUUGGGACUAAAAGCAAAGAGUCAAAAUCUCUAUAUCUACUGUGGAAAUAAUCCAGUGCAUUUUAACGAUCCCAAAGGAACAUGUCCGGUCUGUUUAUACAUCGCGUUUGAGGGUGUUCUGGGUGUUGGAAAAUACUUGGUUUCAACACCAGUUAACCAGUGGACUUUUGGAGGAGCAACUGGUGCGCUUGUCGAAGGAUCUAUAAAUGGCGUGAUCGGAAAAUACGUGAAAAUACCUAUUGUCAAAGAUCUUGCAUCUGUUGCUACGAAGACGUUGCGCAAUUAUGUACAGCAUACUAUUGACGGCGAGAAAUAUGAUUGGAAAGAUGCCAGAGACGAUAUUUCAAAGGGAUUACUAGAUAUGGCAGACGCUGGAUUGGCCAAGAAGUUUGAAAAAUACGGGAUUUUCAAAAAAAUCUGCAGUGCAUUUGAGGAUUACAAAAGUAAACCUAUAGAGAUAUGCCACUUGAGUUCCCUGGUUGAUGUUGAUUUCAAGCAACUCUUAGAGUUGGGUGACGGCUUCGUUGAUUGGGUUGCUUCCCUUGAUCCGAACGAUAUGAUUGGACCGUCUGGCUUUGGCGCUGCAAGAUUUAUUUCUGGAAGAAAUCGAAUGACGUAUACUAUUCGAUUUGAAAAUAAUGAAAAUGCUACUGCUCCUGCACAAAGAGUGCAAAUUGAACAUAGUUACAGCGAAUUUUUAGACGACAGAAAGUUUACAAUAGGGAAAUUCGGAUUUGGCGAGUUUGAACAGCCAGUCAAGGACAAUAGCAAAUCAUUCCAAGGUACAAUCAACAUGACAAGCACAUCUGGUGUCUACGUAAAAGUAUUCUGUGGUAUUGAUGUGGUCAAACGUGUUCUUUUCUGGAAUUUCCAAAGCAUUGAUCCAGCAACAGGUUUUGCCCCAAGUGAUCCCAUUGUUGGAUUUUUGCCACCUAAUAACGGUACAACUGGGCAAGGGUUUGUAACAUUUACAGCAGUUCCUUUGGAAGAGGCACUGGAUGCGACCACGAUCAACGCAAACGCAUCCAUCUAUUUUGAUCAGAAUGACCCUAUUGACACCCCUAAUAUAUUUAACACGAUUGACAAAGCCAUACCUACGGUAAAUGGUUCCGUUGUUCCAAGGACAGAAUCUGCUGAAUCAGCAAUUAUACGUCUCCGAUCUGAAGACGAUGGAUCUGGUGUAAAACAAGUGGAUUUGUACCGGCUUGACAAUGGUACAAUUUCACUGUACGCACAAGGCAUUCGGAAGGAAAUGGUUCUGAUCAGUGUUAACGUUGGCGAAUCAAUGUUUCUUGUACCUGUCCCUAUUGAUAAUGUCGGUAAUUCAAUUACUCAUUGGGAAACCGACGAAACAGCGACUAUUGUUGUGACAUCAACACUUGAGAAACAUUGUAACUGCUCUGGGAAUGGUAACUGUAGCAUCGGAUUGUCCACCUGUAUUUGUAACGAUGGUUUCUAUGGAGCGAACUGCAAAUCAACAACACCUCCUCUGGAACCACCUUCUUUGAGUUUGCGAGGAAGUUCGGGAUUUGUCGACGAACCUUUGCAAAUAAAAGUCGAUGCAAAGAACAUUUCGGGGUCACUCGAGCACUUGCAAAUCAGUGUUUCUGGAUUUCAAUCAGAUACGUUAUUUGAAGAUGGUCUUCAAUAUAUCGAUGGAGUUUUAUGUCUUAAUUCUUCACAGUUUGGGACGUUAAAUAUUACAUUCAAACGACCCGGUGAAAUCAAUCUUAACGUAACUGUUCAUCAAAGUGACAUCAAUAAGACACGCUUUGGUCAAAUGACAGUUUUGAUUUAUCCUACAAUAUCAGCGAAUCUCGCCUUUGAAGGUUGUCUAAACGCUGCAGAAAGGGACACGGCAAUUAUUGCUUUUAAUAUAUCUGCUAAGUUGCCAAAAGAGUCACACAAUGCUACGGACAAGCUCAAUCUUCAAGGAAUAGGACUUGUUAAGUAUCAGCGAGCAGUAAACAUCGAAGUCCAGCCAGCCAUUAUGAAUGACAUAUCUGACAUUAGACAUAUUAAGGAAUACCGUAUUGAUAGUUACGAGACCGGAGGCAAUAUUCCAAGUCCUGUUCCGUAUGGAGAACCUGUUGAAGUUCGAACUACACUGCUGAUUACAAUAGAUGAUACAUUAAGGAAAGAGUUUAAUCUGCGGCAAGAAGUGAACAGAGUUUGUCAAGGUUGCACGCAAUGUGACACAAACCAUACAGCUUACUGCGACACAUCCGACGGAGUGUGCCACUGCAAACCAACAUGGACUGGAACUGUCUGUUCUGAUGACGUGAAUGAAUGUGUCGAUAUCGGAGUCUGUAGUGCUGUUCCAAACACUGGGUGCUUUAACUUAGAUGGCGGAUAUGAGUGUUCAUGUUUUAGAAACUAUGUUAAGGAAAACGGCUCAUGCAUACUAACAACACAAGAAUUUUCGGCUGACAUUACGACUGCAAAACCAACUGAGAAAUCAGUAUCCAUAACCGUUGUCGUAAAUUUCGACUUACAAGAAAGCGAAAACUUGAAUGUUACUAAAGUCUAUGAGGAAGUUGAAAACGAAGCUUUAAAGAUGCUUACACCCUUUUAUCAAAUGCAAAUGGGAUACAGCUUCAAAAGAGUGAUUAUUAUUGACAUCAGGAGAGGAAGUCUAGUCAUCGACCACGUUGUAAUCACUCGAAAUGACGAUGAAGCCGCACAAGCCCUUGCAGUUGCCGUGUCGAAGAUGUCUCCCGGCACAAAUGAAACUGAUGGGACAUUAAAAUUCAGAGGAGAAAAGGUGGAAAUCAAAGACAUAAAAAUGGACGGAAAACCUGUUACUAAUCCUUGUGAUGCAUAUUCAGCAUGUGAAAGAGAUAGAUGUUCUGCGAAUGACGGUAAACCAGUGUGCGAAAACAUUCCAAGCAAAACGGUUGACGAUAAAGGCGGCCUAGUGAAAGGACUGAAGAUAGGAGUGGCUGUCACAGGAUCAUUGACAAUAAUUCUUAUUAUUCUCGUCAUCGUCAUAUGUUGUCGGCUAAACAAAAAAAGCUUGACAUUCGUUUAAUUCAACAUCUGCAUUUUUAACUUGCAGUAAUUCGUGUUAUUUUUAUAUUCAGUCGACUUCUGAGUUAGUCUCACAUACAAUUGUAUUUCUUCUCUGUUCUAACGUAAGUGAUGUCUUGAAAACGUACCCAAUUAUGUAAAUCGGCCCGGUGAUGUUCACGAUGUGUAGAUAGAUUUGUAUGUGUAGUAUUUUUGUGAUAUAAUCGGAUUUAUUGUAUUCAUGAGAAAUAUGGAAAUACAUAUUAUAUUCCUUCGAUUAAUACUAAUAGACAUUUUGUAUGUUGGAGUGUUCUCCAAUCACUGAAUGAAGCAAUAUAUUUAGAAUAUUUCGCUUUUGUUCAAAAUAAAUAUAUAAUACUAUCGACAUUGGUACGCAGUCUUGCUCUUCGUUUACAUUCUGUAUUCAUUGAAGAAACUCUUUUGAAAAUUAGUAUGUAAAUAGUUUUUAUUUUCAAUAUUUGUUGUACUGUAUUUUGUGUGAAGCUUUCUUUUUGUGUGAAUCUAACCAGAAAUGUACAUGUAUAUU